GUAAUCAUAAUAACUUACUACUAAUAAUUAUGAUUUAAUAACAAUGUUUUUUUUAAUAAAAGGAGAGAAAAUCAAUUUCUGGCCUUUGUAGUCUAACGAAAGUUAACUUAUCUUGAAUUGUCAUAUAUGUAAUCAGUCCUUUGCUAAUGAAUAACGAGGUAAAAGGCCCUUUCGACAUUUCUGUGGGUUAAUUAUUUCUGUUUAUUGGGUAAACAAAGCCGACCAACCCAAGUCGUGGGUAAGAAUCCUUGGCCUUAGCCUGAAGUUCAGCCCUUUUCACGCCCCAAAAGGAAGGGAAAUUCUUUCAGGUUUUUCCCCUCAUUUUCCCAGUUUUAUUCCUAUUUUUCUCCCCUUGUAGUUUUGUGAGGAAACCAAGAUGGUUCUAGAGCUGUACCUGGAUUUGGUCUCUCAACCGUGUCGCGCUGUCUACAUCUUCGCCAAAAAGAACAAGAUCCCCUUUGAAUUCAAAUCCACUGAACUCAUGAAAGGGCAAAACAGAGGGGAGGACUUCUUGAAAGUGAAUCCGGACGGAAAAGUGCCAGCAAUGAAAGAUGGGGACUUUGCCUUAGCUGAGAGCAUUGCCAUCCUGCUCUACCUGGCGCGGAAACACAGGACGCCCGACCACUGGUACCCCUCCGACCUGCAGAAGAGGGCUCGCGUGGACGAGUUCCUCUCCUGGCAGCACACGGGCGCCCGGCAGGCCGGCAGCAAGGUCUUCCUCAUCAAGGCGCUGGUGCCGCUCUUCCUGGGCCGGCCGCUCCCUGAGGAGAAGCUGGCGGCGGCCAUGGAGGUCCUGGAGGAGACGCUGGCGUUCUUUGAGGAGAAGUUCCUGGGAGGGGGGCGGCCCUUCAUCGCCGGCAGCGAGGCCUCCCUGGCGGACCUGGUGGCCCUGGUCGAACUCAUGCAGCCUGUUGCGGCCGGCCACGACCUCUUCGCCUCCCGCCCCAAGAUGGCCGCCUGGCGCUCCCGCGUGGAGGGGGCCGUGGGGAGGGAGCUCUUCCAGGAGGCCCACAAGCCCCUCUUCGACUCCAAGGACGCCAGCCUGGACCACCUCCCGCCGGCCCUCCGGGAGCAGCUGACGGGCCUUCUCCUCAAGUACAUCGGAUGAGCCAGUCAGGCCUAGUCGGGUCAGCUGAGGCCUCAUGGACCACCAGUGAGGCCUAGUUGUGUCAAUUGAAGGCUAGCUGAUUUAAUUAAGGCCUGUUUCUGUCAGUUGAGGCCUAGCUAAGUUGAGGCCACUUGAUUCCAUUGAGGUCUAGUUGUGUCAAUUGAAGGCUAGCUGAUUUAAUUGAGGCCUAGUUGACUCAAUUGAUGUUUGGUUCACUCAAUUGAGGCCUAGCUGCGUCAACGGAGGCCUAGUAGAUUGAAUCGAGGCCUCGUCAAGUCACUGAGGCCUAAUUGACUCAGUUGAGGCCUAGUUGUGUCAAUUGAGGCCUAGCUGAAAACUAAGAGGCCACCAGAUUGAAUUCAGAUUCGAUUGUUUUCAAUUCAGAUUAAAACUAGACUUUGGAUCAAUAAUAAUAAUAAAAGAUGUUUGAAGCCUCAA